GGCCCCGGGCAUGUACUUGACUGCUCCGAUUGUAUGAUUUGUAUCCCGGUACAGAUGAUUUCAUGCCCUACUCUUAAACCUAUUCCCCUUUCUGAAUCUGAGCAUUCCCGUAUCCCACACCAUGCCUACACCUGGGCAGAGCAGCAGCUUGUUAGGGGCCAAGCCGGUGCAGCGACCAGGUCAAGGUCGACCUCAAAGCUUAGCACAGAGACCAGCUCAGACUGUAGGACAGCGACCGAUUCAAAAUCCAGUACAGCGACCAGCUCAGAAUCCAGCACACCAGUCACAGACGGUCACGAAGACGACGACUCAGAAAGUUGUCCAUCGACCGGGGGGCCACCCGCUGCAGGUUGUUGAGACCGAAGAACAUGUUAUUAAGAAGACUAUCUGGACGAGAGCCCUGACAGGCCUGACCGGUGCCUCCAAGGCCGUCACCCACCCCGGUCAGGCAGCUAGACGAUUGAUCCCAGGUUCCAGCAAAUCCAGCAAAUCCAGCCAGGACAGGAACCUCAGCUACUACCGGAAGACAUUCUUUUUCCUGGACCCGCAAACCCAAUUCGACCUCUACAUGGCCGGCAUGGCGCCCAGGAUGACCGAGCGAGAGGUCAAGAAACUCCGUUCUGCUGCACGACAGGUUAGAAGGACGUACAAGCCUGUCUCGUUGAUGUACGAGGCCCAGGCGGCGCCCAACGGCUUCCGCGCUCCGCUGAGAGAUCUCGUUGCCGAAGCCCAAGCGGCAAAGGCGCGAGCCGCGGCAUCGAAGAAGACGAAGAAGCCAUCCGCCAGCAACCCUGACGCCCUCCCGACGUUUCCGACGCCGGGUACCCACGUCAAGAUCCAAGUGCAGCAGCAUCCGAGGCCAACGGCGACGGCACCCCAGCCGCGGCCGCAGCAACCCCAGAAGCCACAACAUUAUCCACAGCGCCGCCAGCAACGCCCUCCACAACAUCCUCCACAACAUCCUCCACAACAACCUCCACAACCUCCACAGCAACAACAGCAACAACAGCAGCAACAGCGACCACAACCAAUGAUGACGCCGCAACAGCGUCAACAGCGGGCCCAGGCCCUAGCCCAGCCCGAACCUCCAGUGAGAUACGCCAGGCCUCCCGCCGUCCAUGCGCCUAGGCCUGUGCGCCAGUCGCAGCUCGUCAACUCACCCUCGAGGGUCCACCCCCUUCAUCCAGCCGCCACUGGGCGCUGAGAGUGGGCACUGCUCUAUAGAUAGGGAACCCAUUCAGGAGUUCCUUGCACGGUUCAUUUUAUAUUAUUCAAUGUAUUUGAGUCUGGUACAUCGGAUAUUCGUAUCUUGAACCGAAAUAUAGACAUGGCGAGGCCUUAUGCUUCUUGAUUGUCGUGACGCUGCUGUUGUGUGACUCUGAGUCGGUUGGACGUCCAGUGUAUCAUAGUAUGAUUCCACUACUGACCAGUGUUGUCGGGUGGGAUGCUAUGAUGGCCAUAUCAGAGACAGAGAUAGGACGAAAUCUACAGAGACAAUUAUCGCCUGAUAUCCCUAACUUAUAGAUAGGCGAAAUUCGAACGUUUAAGGACGAUAGAACUUUGUCUUGGCAAGAGUUGUUAUAUCAAGAGUCGGC